AUGAGAAAGUAUAAAAACGAAUUCAAUAUUUCGAAUGUCCUUGAGAAGAAGGAUGAUUGUUGUUCGCUAGAUAUUGGAGGUACGUUAAUAAAAGUUGUGUAUGUAAAUCAUAAAUAUAUACAUGAUGAUAAUAUAAAAGAAAAUACAGAACACUUGAUGAUAAAAAUGAAUGGAAAUAAGAAUAUAUAUUUGACAUUUUUUGACAUAUCUAAGUUAGAUGACACUUUAUGUUUUUUAUUGAGAAAUAAUUUAAUUAAAAAAAAAAUAACGUUAACAGGAGGAGGGGCACAUAAAUAUUUUUAUCGCGUGUUAGAAAAAGCACUUUAUCAUAAAUUAGGGAUGGAAAUAAAUAAAGGCGAUAAUAAAAUAUAUGUAUCAAAAUAUUUGUAUGAUGAAAAGUUAUCCAUAUUUAGUAUAUUCGUGUGUAGCACAAAAAGUAAUGAUCAGAAUAAAAAUGAUGACAUAAAUAAUUUUAAUAGUAAAAUUAUUGAGGGACAAGUUUUGUUUGAUAAAAAAUUUGUUGAUAAAUUUCCUUCAGAUACAAUAAAAAUAUAUUUUGAAAAACCGUACUUUGAUAAAAAUGGUAAUAAUAAUGAUGAUAAUAAUAAUGAUGAUAAUAAUAAUGAUGAUAAUAAUAAUGAUGAUGAUAAUUAUAUGAUACUUACGUGCGGUAGAAAAGAUGAAAUGAAUUGUAUUAUGAAUGGUAUCCACACUUUAUUUAAUGUUGAUAAAUCAUUUUUUAGAUAUGAAAGAUUUCUUAAUGUAAAAGUACCAGUAAGAAUAACUUCUCCUUUCUAUCCUUUUAUUAUAGCAAAUAUUGGUUCAGGUAUUUCCAUUCUUAAAUCUAAUGGAUAUGAUUCUUAUCAAAGAAUAGCUGGUACAGCUAUUGGGGGAGGCACCCUUAUGGGCCUAGCUAAAAUUAUAUUAGAUAAUAUCUCCUUUGAAGAAUUAAUAAAAUGUGCUGAAAAUAAAAGUAAAAAUAUAUCAUUUGAUUUAAAAAUGAAACAUAUAAUUGGAGAUGCUCCAGUAGAUGGAUGUAUUCAUGCAAAUACUUUAGCUAGUUGUUUUGGAUGUUUAAAAAAUAUUUUAAAGGAAAAAAAAGAAAAAAAUGGACAUAACAAAAACAUACAUCAUGAGGUAGCCAAAGGUUUAAUUCAAAUGGUAUCAUAUAAUAUAGGAUAUAUGGUAUAUCUAUUAUCAAAAAUGCACAAUGUAAAAAGAAUAUUUUUUUCCGGUAAAUAUAUAAGCAAUAAUGAAUAUAUCAUGGAAUCACUAACACAUGGAGUUUAUUACUACUAUCUUCAUUUCAAUUCAAAAAUGAAUGGAGUAGAUAAGAUAAAUGAUAUUAAUUUAAACAAUAAUAUUGCUAAAAAUACAAUUAAAAGAGAAUUAUAUAAUGUUAAAGAUAUUCAUUUUAAUGACAAGGACAUGAAUAGUUAUCUUUCUUACCAUUACAAACUUAAGGAUAAAGAAAUAUUACCCCAAGUUUUAUUUCCUAAGCACGAUGGUUUUUUAGGUGCUCUUGGAUGUUUUUUCCUUGCCUAG